UGUACAGUACCAGUUUUAAGUCUACAGAAUAUUUUUACAUGUAAUCAUUGUAGAUGUUCAUCCCUAUUCAAUUUGUCUCUUUUAAUCUUUUGUCAGGUUGAGAAGCUAAGGGAAAAGAUUGCUGCUCAGAGAGAAAAGCGUCGUAUAAAGGAGAAACUGAAGAAGGUCAAGACCCUUGCUGAAUCUGAUAGUGAAGAAGAGUCAGCAUCUGCUUGGGUGAAUAAGUCCCGUAAACUUAGUAAAGAAAAAGCUCUGGCUGAACAAAAGAGUAAGAUGUUGGAAGAAUUAGAUGCUCAAUUUGGUAUAGGAGCACUGGUAGAGCAAGACAUGACUGAAGAAAAGAUUAAAAAAUACAGCCGAAAGGAACUUUCUGGGUUGCGUGUGGAACAUGAUGUUUCCAGAUUUGAUGAAGGAAGAACAACUAUUCUUACUCUAAAGGACAGCAAUAUUCUUGACAAUGAAGAAGAUACUUUGGUUAAUGUCAACAUAAUUGAUGAUGAACGCGUUGAAAAGAAUCUUAAAAGGCGACGAAUGAAACUUGAUGAAGUUGAGUAUGAAGCACCAGAAAUGGAUGAAUAUGGGAAUUUUGUACAGAAUAAUUUGCUUACAAAAUAUGAUGAAGAAAUUUUGGGAGAGAAAAAGCAGAGCUUCCGACUUGGUUUAGGUGGUGAAGCAUUUGCAUCAAAUGAGGACAGUGGAUUUGCAGCAGUUCCAGAUAGUGUAAGGAAGAUGUCAAAAUUAAGAAAACUGCAGUCCUUGGAGGCUCCUCAAAGCCAGCUGGGCAUCGGAAUAUCUCACUCCAACAGAAAUGGUUUAGUUUCAGGAAGGUUAAGAAACCUAAGAAAAAAGAAGAAGAAAAAACUCCAGGUGGAUGAUUUGGAACCCCUUGAAGAUGAAUCUCUUGUUCACUUGGGUUCUCAUGGAGCUAGAGAAGCUCGUAUAGACAGUUUAAUGGUUGAAAAUGAUGCUGUGCAACAAUCAAGUAGUGAGGCACCUCAGGGUGCUCCUCGCAUACACUCACUAAAGGAGAUGUUGGAAGAAGAGGAAGAGGAAGAUUUUCAAGUUAAAAUGGAAGUUGAUGGUCCCACUGAGGAUGCAGAAAGUGAACAGGAUGAUAUAGAAUUACAAGAGGCAUUAUCAAGAUCACGCAGGGCAAAAAAUUCUGCACAUUCAUUACAGCCAAGUAGUGAAAAAAUACUAGAUAUGCUCAAAGGUAAAAGAGUUGAAGUAGAAGAUGAGGAAGAACCAAUGGAUGAAAGUUCUGGAGCCCUUUUGAUGACGCUAAACACAACUGAUGAGUUUUGUCGCACUCUAGGAGACAUACCAACUUAUGGCCUUUCUGGAAAUCGUGCUGAAGAGGAUCAGACUAUGCUGCAGCUGCAGCAACCUAAGGAAAAGGAACAGCAAGAGCGAAGAGGAGCCUGGGAAGAAGUUGGCAUUGAUGAUACACGUGUGGAAAUCAGUGACAACAUGACAACCCCAAUAUUGGAGGAAGAACCUGAUGCUAGCAAAGGUGUUGCAAAUGCCCUUAAGUUAGCCCUGAAAAAGGGUUAUCUUGAAAAGAAUAAUAUUACUAAAUCUGCCAAUGCAGCAUUGCAACACCUAAGAGCUAUUCAUUACAGUAUUGAAGAUAAGGCAGUGGAUGAUGAACGUGGUAGAGGCAGAGGAGAACGUUACAUGGGACCUGUCACUGAAUUUAAAGACAAAGAUGGAUAUAAACCGGAUGUGAAACUGGAAUAUGUCGAUGACGAAGGACGCAAAUUAAAUGCAAAAGAGGCUUUCAGGUAUUUGUCUCACAAGUUUCAUGGUAAAGGCUCUGGUAAAAAUAAGACAGAGAAGAGGAUGAAGAAAUAUAAUGAAGAGUUGUUGAUGAAACACAUGAGCUCAUCUGACACUCCUCUGCAGACACUGGAACGCCAGAGAGAAAAACAAAAGCAGUUGGGAGCAGCAUAUCUUAUACUGUCAGGAAGCAAGACUCAAGAAUCUAUGGAUGUGAAGAAGUAGCAUAAACUUAAGCAGUUUUACAGAAUUUAUUGUAAAUUUAUGACAAUUCUGACAGAUUUUGUAGUAUACAAGUUUCCUUGGAAUGCUUUAAGUAUACUGAUAUAUCUUGUUUUCUUUUAGCCCUGAAGGAAUUAGUGUAGUAAAUAUAAUUUAAAAAGGUC